GGACGCUACACACUAGCUCCUCAGCACUGAUCAUUUAGCCAGACCAUUUAUUCUACGGGUGUGCAUCGUUCCCCUUAUGGAUGUUCAUGGAACAAACUGACCCCUCCUGGCCCCAUCAAGGAGCACUUAGCACCAAGUCUCUCUUCGUAGAGCAGCCAUACCUAGGAGUAGUGAAAACAGAGAGCGAGUGUUCCGGGGGUGAAUCUCGAUCGAGCGGGGACGAGGUUGACCGGAGUCCCGGAUCUGUCUCUUCAUCGCGAGGCGAUCGUCACAGCUCCGUCAGUGGUGCCUCUUGCGCUACCCCAUCACCCACGCCUCCCUCUCAACAACCAGGAUCAGCAACCCCUCCCGAAAUCCCCUCAAACCACAACCUCUUGACGAGUGCCUCCUCCAACGCUGACUUGUACCGAGGCGCCUCAGCUUGCCUUGCAGAGCCAUCUGAGCUCCUUCACAGCGAAGACGUUGAGGUUUUCUUCAGUCACCUCGAUCGCCAGCCCUCACCGAAUAACCAACCUCAGCAGAACCUCCUGAGGAGCGAGAACCCUCCUCCAGCUAUCCCCGAACCCCAGACUGUUAUUAACCCUCAUCAUCACCACCACCAGGACUCACACUACAACACCUCCAUGAUGUAUCAGUCCCAGAUGACCAACCUCCCGAGUGUCUCAGCAGGAGGCAUACAGCACUCCUACGACAACUCGGCUUUCUUGCACUCAGCCGGUAGUCCGGUCUACGUACCUACAACCCGCCCAGCUGUGCUCUCGAUGCCUCACGCACACUCCCAGUACCUCCAGGCCACAGCCCCGGCUGGUUCCCCUCAGCAAGCCAUCCAGGGAGGCAGCCACGCCGCAGCUGCCGUGUGGAGCCAACAAACAGACGGUGGGUAUGCCGCCACGACCACCUCGCAUCCACCCGUGGGUCAGCGGUUCGCCUUCCCACCCAGCCCGCCGAUCACCUCGACGGGGAGCCCCCUGACGGCACGGCAUGCUGCCACGGCCCAUAAUGGCCUUGGUGCGUACUAUGUGAGCCCUGAGAUCGCCUCCUGGUCGGCUCCUUUCGAUAGCUCCGUGGCAUUACACCCCAACAUGAUCGCAAGACGCCCCAGUCCAGACAAUGAUAUGUGGACCCAAGACUUUGGAAGUAAGUAA